AUGCCAUUGGCUGCUCUUACACCUGUAUUAAAUGAUUUGCUUCAUAGAGGAGGUGGUAGUUCAACAUCUAAUCAACAAGAUCAAUCUACACAACAAUUAUCUAUUUCAAAUGAUUCAUCAGGUCCAAGUGAAUACCUGUGUAAAAGCUCUAAUGUUGAUAAAUCAGUUACUGCUACCAAUCCAUUAUCAUCAACAUCAUCAUCUGUCGAUGAUAAUUCUCAUUCAAAUCCAACAAUAAAAAUCCAAAGAAGCAAAAGUUCUUUAAAACGAGAAGAUUCAUUUUUACAAAAAUUUUCGAAUCGUUAUGGUUAUCGAGGAUUAGGAUCGAUGGCACAAUCAAAGCGAAAUCGUCGAUUAAAUAUUGAAAAAGAUGCACCAAUUAAAUCUCGUUAUUCAGUGGUUCGUCGACUCUUACAUUUUUUUAACUAUCUUGUUAUAUCACCAGAUGAAUCAUUUUUAUUUUAUUGGUUAAUUAUAUUAAAUAUAUUUGUAUUAUAUAAUCUUUGGUUUCCAAUUGCACGUCAAGCAUUUGAACCAUUACAAAGAGAUUAUGUACAUAUAUGGAAAAUAAUUGAUUCUUCAGCUGAUACAAUUUAUUUUCUCGAUGUUGCUAUUCAAUUUCGAACCGGUUAUUUACAGCAAGGAUUACUUGUUUAUAAUCACUAUAAAUUAGCAUUAAAUUAUAUUCGUUCAUCUCGUUUUAUUUUUGAUAUGAUAGCAUUAACACCGUUAGAUUUAUUACAAAUAAAAUUUGGUUCAAUUCCAAUUCUUCGAUUUCCUCGUUUUCUAAAAGUAUAUCGAACAUUUCAGUUAUAUUAUUUGCAAGAAUCACGUACUGUUUAUCCAAAUACAUAUCGUGUUCUAAAUCUAUUUCAUAUACUUUUAUUAUUGGGACAUUGGUUAGCCUCGUUUUAUUUUAUGGUUUCAAAAGCUGAAGGUUUUGUUGGAUAUUGGUCAUAUCCAAAACCUGUAGGAAAUUUUUCUCAAUUAGCUAAAAUGUAUCUUCGUUGUCUUUAUUGGUCAACAUUAACAUUAACAACCAUAGGAGAUUUACCACCACCAGAAACUAAUUGGCAGUGA